GCGCUUGCGCCGCCCGUGACAUAACACCGCGAGCAACAGAGCUGGCAGGUCGUCCCUGAACCAGAGGAACUGGUUCCCUUCAAGAUGGAAGCUCUACAGAUGAAUCUAACAGCAGCAUGUCCACUGCCGUUUAGUGGAGCGACUGGCAACCUGUUUGCCAGUGCAAUAACAGCAGUGGUUGCUGCACACUGCGCAUUCUACGACAACACACACUGGCCUAGAGACAGCGCCCUAGAGGUCAUCGGGAGACGAGCAGAACCAGUAUCCUUCGACUUCAUAAUAGUGGGUGCUGGCACUGCUGGUUCUCUAUUAGCCAAUCGACUUGCAAAUGAAUAUCCUUCGCAAUCUGUGCUUCUGGUUGAGGCUGGUGACGACCCCGGCCUAAAUAGUGAGGUACCAGGUUUAGCAUUCAUCAAUGGAGCAAAAGAAAACAAUGAUGACUGGCAUUAUGUGACCGAACCAGACCAAAACUGCAAAGGUUUUAGAGAAAAUCGAUGCGUGUGGAGUAAGGGUAAGGGCAUAGGAGGCUCCGGUGCCAUUAACGCCAUGCUUUAUAUAAGAGGACAUCCUACAGACUACAACAAUUGGGAGAAGGCAGGCAACGAAGGAUGGAGUUAUAAAGACGUAUCACCUCUAUUCGACAAGAUCGAAAAUGAAUUCGAAUUUUCCAAAUACAGUUAUCCCGAAAACCCUUGGCAUGGAGUUUUAGAAGCUAGCUGGACGGAACUCAAUAUGACCCAGCAUAAAAGGUCAAGUAACGAAGGACACCUCGGUAUAAGAUUAAACAAACUACUUGUUAAAGAAGGACGGCGUUUCAAUACAGCGAGAUUUUAUCUCAAAGGAAUAGAAAAUGUAUCCGUUAUGAAAAACACACUGGCACAAAAGCUGACAAUAGAUCCCACAACAAAAACUGUUACUGGCAUUGAAAUACGUCAUAAAAGCGGUGUUGUUAUGGAAAUUAAAGCCAAUAAAGAGGUGAUUUUAUCAGCUGGGUCUAUUGCCACACCUCAACUGCUUAUGUUAUCAGGUAUUGGCCCGAAGAAACAUUUGGAGGAAAAAGGAAUUAAAUGUUUAGUAGACUUGCCCGUUGGGCAAAACUUGCAAGACCAUGUUCUUUUGCCUCUUUAUCUCAAAACUAAAUUAGACACAGUUCUUACUCCCGAAACAAUUACGACGUACUUCUUACAGUAUAUGUUGACUAGAACCGGUCCGCUUUCAAACAUUGGAGUAACAGAUUUCAUGGCAUUUGUUAACACAAAGAAUCAGAAAUACCCUGACUUACAGUUCCUGCAUACAUAUUUUACGAUGAAGGACAAUUUUGCGAUGAGACCUUUCCUUGAAGGAUAUGGAUAUAAAGAAGAGAUCAUAAAGGAAAUUGAGAGACAAAAUAUGAAAAGCGAUUUGUUGGCACUCUAUCCUAAUUUACUGCAUCCCAAGUCGAAGGGUGAAGUUUUGUUAGCAGAUACUAAUCCCGCUUCGAAACCAAUUAUAAAAGCAAAUUACUUCCAACAUCCUGAUGACUUAACAGUAUUGUUGAAAUCCAUAGAAUAUAUCAAGAAAUUGGAGGGAACGACUGUUUAUAAAGCGCUUGGAAUAGGACUUCUGAAACUGGAUAUAGAGAAUUGUGUUGAAGACUCUGAUGAUUACUGGGAAUGUUAUGCGAGACAUAUGGCAUCAUCGAUAUUCCACCCUGUAGGGACUACUAAAAUGGGUCCUGAUGACGACGAGACUGCUGUAGUGGACACAGACUUAUUAGUACGUGGUGUGAAGAAACUGAGAGUGGUAGAUGCCAGUAUUAUGCCCGAUAUUCCUGGUGGUAACACCAUGGGGCCGACGCUGAUGAUAGCGGAGAAGGCAGCUCAAAUUAUUAAAAAUCAUUACGGGUAUAAAGAUGAAUUGUAAUUUUUUAUCUACAGUGUUACUUUUAGUUUUAUUUAUCUAAUGUUACUUUUGGUUACUUAUUAUAAUUUAGUAAUACUAGUUGUUUAUUAAGAAGUUGAAUAAAACUGUCAUAAAAAUGUGUUUAUCUAGACUAACUCUGUAAACGUGCAAUAUUGUGGCUGUUCUCACACACUUCAUUUACUUCAUCUACCUUCUUUUAUGUCUGCACACACACAACUUCAACUCCAUAAUCUUCAAUGUAAGUAUAAGUAGCACAAUUAUUUAAGUUUAUUUUUUGUGCUAGCAACCUACAUACAAAAUUACUUAUAAUUGUUAUUUAUUAAAGUGCAAUAAUUAUGAA